CCAACACCAAUGUUAUGGAGGAUUCUCUUGUCUUCUUGUAGCAGCCAUAACGAUUUGGAGCUAGCUGAGAAGGUUAGCGAGAGGAUCUUUGAGCUAGAUGACUCACACGGUGGUGAUUACGUGAUCUUAUCAAACCUAUAUGCUAGAAACAAGAAAUGGGAAGAUGUAGAUUCUUUAAGAAAGGUGAUGAAGGAUAGAAGAGCGGUGAAAGUCCCCGGGUGCAGCUCGAUAGAGGUAAAGAACGUGGUUCAUGAGUUUUUCUCAGGGGAUGGUGUGAGGUCUAAUACACACACAAAGCUUCACAGAGCGUUAGAUGAAAUGUUGAAAGAGCUGAAGCUUGCAGGGUAUGUUCCUGAUACAUCAGUGGUGGUUCAUGCGGAUAUGGAUGAUCAUGAGAAGGAGGUUACGGUUAGGUAUCACAGCGAAAAGCUUGCGAUUGCGUUUGGAGUGUUGAAUACUCCUCCAGGGACGACGAUUAGGGUUGUGAAGAAUCUGAGGGUGUGUAGAGAUUGCCACAAUGCAGCUAAGCUAAUAUCUGUUGUGUUUGGUAGGAGAGUUGUUCUUAGAGAUGUUCAGAGGUUUCAUCAUUUUGAAGAUGGUAAAUGUUCUUGUGGUGAUUUUUGGUGAUUUCAUCCGCAGAAACAACAAUGUAGUUUUUUGUAUGUAAAAAUUAUGUAACUGUGUAGUUUUUAUACAGUGGUUUUAAAGCCGACCUAACAUGUUUAUUCGAUCUAGUGUUUAGUUAACACAAACA